AUGACGGAUCUGAAGCAAAGCCAUUCCGUGAGGCUGAAUGGUGGACACUUCGUGUGGGUGCUGGGAUUUGGCACUUAUGCUCCUGAUCAUUCUCCCAGUGCACAGGCAGAAGAAGCCGUCCAGGUAGCAAUUGAUGUAGGCUACCGCCAUAUUGACUCAGCUUAUAAGUACCUGCAUGAAGAAGCCAUCGGGCAGGCCAUCCAAAAGAAGACUGCCAACGGCACUGUGAAGAGAAAAGAUAUAUUCUAUACCACAAAGGUGUGGGGCACCUUUUCCCGCCCAGAAUUGGUCCAAAGAGGUCUUGAAAUGUCACUGAAGAAACUUCAGCCUUGCUACGUGGAUCUUUACCUUUUUCAUUUCCCAGUACCUUUGCAGCCUGGGGAGAAGCUUUUGCCGAUGGAUGCACAGGAAAAGAUCAUGUUUGAUACAGUGGAUCUCUGCAGCACAUGAGAGGCCCUGGAGAAGUGUAAGGAUGCAGGAUUGGCCAAGUCCAUCGGGGCGUCCAACUUCAACCACAGGCAGCUAGAAAUGAACGUCAACAAGCCAGGGCUCAAGCACAAGCCCGUCUGCAACCAGGUGGAAUGUCACCCUUACCUCAACCAAAGCAAACUCCUGGAGUACUGUAAGUCCAAGGACAUUGUCAUGACUGCAUAUUCUGCCUUGGGCUCUGACUCAGACAAAGACUGGGUGAAAAAAGGCAACCCAGUUCUCCAGGAGGAUCCAAUACUCAAUGCCAUUGCUGAAAAGCACAGGCGAACUCCUGCCCAGGUUGCCUUGCGCUACCAGCUGCAGUGGGGGGUGGUGAUCCUGGUGAAGAGCUUCAAUGAGAAGAGAAUCAAAGAAAACUUCCAGGUUUUUGACUUCCAGCUGACAUCAGAGGACAUGAAAACCAUAGACGGCUUGAACAAGAAUAUACGCUAUUUGUAAAUGUCUAUCUUUUCUCAUCACCCAGAUUAUCCAUUUCUUGAUGAAUAUUAAGAAAAGAGUCUGUGGUUGUUCCAGAGUUUAUCGAUUUGGGUUGAGAUGAAUAGAGAAUAUCUCAUGGAUGGGAAGUUUUCUAGUUUAUUCCAGAUUGAUUAGCCUGCUCGGUCACAAGUUGGCCUAAGACCCCGGAUCAGAAAAUAAAAGUAUCUAAACCUAGUUUUCUCUUGA